AUGAUCGAAGUUUCUCUUGCCACGAGGUCAACAACCUUCAUUCUGCUUUCGCGCGGGGCCUCCUUCGCCAGGCUGCCCUCUCCGGCGGAGGAGGUUGAGAUGGAUCAAGCCGCACGGGUGCGCCUCCUUGAGGCCUUAGCACGCCUAGGCGGAUACCCUGAGCGCUGUGGCAUCUGCAUAGCAGCGGAGGACACGGUUUCCGAGGGCUCUGAGCGGCGCUUCCGCCUUGGCGCGAGCCUUACGCAACAUGCACUGGCCUUGGACAGACGUCCAUGGGAUGAUUUGCACGUAUCACCGCUGGAGAUGGAGGAACUGUUUGCUCGAGACGUUGCUAACGCCAGACAGGUGCUGCUGCUUCGCGGCGCCUUGGCACCUGAAGAUAAGCAGCUGCAGAAAGCUCUCCGCUUUGCUGCAUCGGUGCGUGCCGUAACCGCUGCUGGGGCUGACUUUCUGGCAAGGGUCAGUACUUCGUCGCUACUGGCAGCCUUGGACGACACGGUGGCAGAGGUGGCUGGCCUGCCUCUUGGUGCUGAGUGGCGUUCUUUGUUGGCCGUUGGGAUUUGUCUGGAGUCUGGUGCACCUGCAGGGAAAUGA